AUGUUCGGUCUGGAUGGUCGUUCGGUCAAGCAAGGCGCCGCCAUAUUCACUGCAGCGGCCGGUGUAUGCUACUACUCAUUAAUCAACUCCGGCGUCCGGCUUGCCAAUCCUGCUGCAAUCAGGGGAGUCAAGUCUGACUCUGGACUGCUGCUCUGGGUGCCACACAACCUUCCAUUGCCAAUCCCACGAACGCUAAGGCUUGCCCUCCAGGUGCUGGGGCUUCUCCCAUUGUCUUUUGCUGGCUGCCCGUUCUACCUUGCUGUGUGUGUGGUGUUUGUGUGUUCCAAUCUCAGCGCCCUUCAAGGACCCCCAUCCACUCCCGAGUCCACUCCCCACCCACACCGCAUCCACACCCACGCCUCCGCCACCCCUGCACGUCGCCCUGCCCUUAGGUCGGUCAGGUACCGCAGGAAAGUACCCGGCUGCCCGUUAAAGAAGCGUUGCUCCUCCGACUCAACUUACUCCGGCUCUGCUCAGACAACCAACUCGCCUCAACCUUUUCGACUCUUCAAUCUCUCCGACGACUCCGUCCUUUUAAUAGACCUGCUUUUAUUCGAGGGUUUAUUUCGACAAGGUUCCUCUAGAUGA